ACAGUUAAGAUGUCCGUCUUCGUGCUGUGGUCUCAUAGGCUGCUUCACCCGGGGAUUAACGUAAAGAAAAAACGCUCUACUUCCAAUGAACGACAAUGAAGAAUAAGUAGGAACUCGAACGAAUCUGGGAUUUUAAUUAUUUAAUAACAUAAAUUCUGAUUUUUACUAGUAGCUCAACAGUUUUACUUCAGUAUUUUUUGGACGCGCGGGUCAGAUAAGAAAGUUCUGGACACAUCCUGAAGUGUUUCUACAAGUGUCUAAAACAAGGAAAUCAGGCUAACGUUAUGUAGCGAGCUAAUCUCAUUUAUCUAGUCCAAAACUCCGUUUUCAUUUUACGCCGUUAUAACUUCUUCACAAAGGUAUGACCGAGUACAAACUUGUGGUGGUCGGGGCAGGAGGUGUGGGCAAGAGCGCUCUCACCAUCCAGCUCAUCCAGAACCACUUUGUGGAUGAAUACGAUCCAACUAUCGAGGACUCGUACAGAAAGCAGGUGGUGAUUGAUGGAGAGACAUGUCUGCUGGACAUCCUGGACACUGCAGGUCAGGAGGAGUACAGCGCCAUGAGGGACCAGUAUAUGAGGACGGGAGAAGGCUUCCUCUGUGUGUUUGCCAUCAACAACAGCAAGUCCUUUGAGGAUGUUCACCUUUACAGAGAGCAGAUCAAUAGGGUGAAGGACAGUGACAGCGUCCCCAUGGUGCUCGUGGGGAACAAGAGUGACCUCAGCACCCGCACAGUGAAGACGCAGCAGGCGCAGGAGCUGGCGAGGAGCUACGGCGUGCCGUUUGUAGAGACCUCCGCCAAAACCAGACAGGGUGUGGAGGAAGCUUUCUAUUCUCUAGUACGGGAGAUCAGAAGAUACAAGGAGACCAACCGCAGCAACAAGAAGAGCAAGAAGAACACUCAGAGACGUUGCAUGAUACUAUAGCAAACCACACACAGAGCCAGCAUCACUUACAGCACUUGUUUCUUCCUCCCCUCAUCCCCACAACUGCCCCUGCACCUUGGAGACAUCGCACACACCUCCACAUAAGGACGUAGACAUGCGGGGAAAGAAAAAACAUCUAUUUUUAUUGGUGUGAAAGUUUCCAGUUAUGGUGUGUAUUCACAAGGUUUGUUAUUCAUACAUUCAUGUGCAGUGUCAAUUUAGCAGCGUUUGGGCAAGUGUACUUUUUAAAUGUGGUUUUAUUGGAGUUUAGUGGGUCAUUUUUAGCUUCUGUUGACCGUUUAGAUGUCAGGAGUUCACAGUAAUGCAUCACUGCACUUUACGCUGUUACAUUUCCAUUUGUUAUUGUCGUGCUCAGCACAUUUCCACUUUUUUUUUUUAUAUAAAAUUUGCUGAAUGGUCAGUGUUUGACUUCAUGAGGAAACUGUUUAAAUGAGCUGGAGAGUUUGGAGGUUGUUUUAUUUUUUUCCUGUGAGACCACUUUACCAUGGACACGUAGUUAGUCAAAACCUUUUCUAAAAUCGUUCCCCUUGUGUGCAUUUUUUAAAAUACAUAUAGGUUGGUGCAGUCUCUGGGGCUUGAAACACAUCAGCAUUAUUUACUUUUGAAUAAAUUUUUUUCUAAAAGAAAAAAAAAAAGUUGUCUUGUAGGAUUUCCCCGUUAACAAACCUCAAAACUGUGUUUUAAAUUCCCAGGUGCACUUUAGUCACUUCCUGUUGUGUGGUUAAUGCAGAUUUUAGAAUUAGUGCCACUUUAAAGGCUACUCAGGAAUACAGCGUCGUAUCAGACGCUGAUUUAUAACAGAGAAAAAUCAGACGAUCUGAUUCCUCUGCUUGUCAUUUUUUUAAGGCCGUUAUUGGUGUGAACAUUCACACUUGACUCCAAAGUCCAUUUUUAACACAGUUAUUUUGCCGGUCCUAGUGUUGUCAGGAGUUCAUUACUGUGUCCAAACACUGUUUAUGUGACACCAAACUCCACCACAGCACGUAGUUUGUGAAAACAACGCUGUGGUACUACACAAAACAUGUCGAGCACAGUAACACUCGUGAGGUGUGGUCAUUUUUCUGUUGAACUACAAACAUCCGACAAUUUAAAAACCAGCAUCUGUGUAUUUACUAAAAACUAUGUCACUGUUCAGUGAACUAACUUCAGGGGAGUUGCAUCCUGCUAACAAGUCAAUCCAUCCAUGUAGGAUUUUUACUUUUUUAAUUGUCUUAACCAGAGGGCUCUGACUGCCUAAUGCAUAUAUGAUUAUUAUAUGAUCAAGGAGGUUAACUGAGUAAGACGUUGUAAAUCUGUAAUGCGCUCUGCUGUAAGAAACGAGUAAAAGUCUUCAGCUUUUA